UCAUAACCAACGCAAUCAGAAAAUCCCCCCACCAUCAUCCUCUCCUGCGAGUCGUGUGCGGUUGCAUUGCACGGUCUCAUGCAUUGCGCUGCACACCGCUAGACAGAAGCAAGAUCAGUCCAUCUCCCUCCGUCGACCCCGGUGUGCUUUGGUCGGGCGCCUGGCAGGCAGGCAUGGGGAAGGAGGCGGCGGCGGCGUGGCGGCUCAACGUGAGCGACUUGCAGUUCCGGAUGCCGGAGCGGGUCAAGGACCGGCCGCCCUUCGCCAGCCGCGUCUUCAUGCGUGGCCACGGGAAACAAAGGAAAAUCGCAAAGUACUACGAGAAGCAGGAGAGUCUCCUGAAGGAUUUCAGCGAGAUGGAGAGCAUGAAUGAGCUCGGCUGCUUGGACCAGAACAGUGCUCCUACCGAGGAAGAGCUGCGGCAAUUGGCCAAGGGCGAAAAGCUGGCAAUCAACCUGUCGAACAUCAUCAACCUGGUCCUGUUCGUCGGGAAAGUCGUCGCCUCCGUCGAGACCCGGUCGAUGGCGGUGAUCGCGUCGACGCUGGACUCGCUGCUGGAUCUGCUCUCAGGGUUCAUCCUCUGGUUCACGGCGCACGCCAUGAAGAAGCCCAACAAGUAUAGCUACCCGAUCGGCAAGAGGCGCAUGCAGCCAGUGGGCAUCGUGGUUUUUGCGUCGGUGAUGGGGUGCCUGGGGUUCCAGGUGCUGAUCGAGUCGGGGCGGGAGCUGGUGACGCAGGAGCACACCACGUUCGACACCUGGAAGGAGAUGUGGAUGGUGGGCAGCAUGUCGUCCGUGGCCGUCGUCAAGUUCUUCCUCAUGCUCUACUGCCGGACCUUCAAGAACGAGAUCGUCCGGGCCUACGCGCAGGACCACUUCUUCGACGUCAUCACCAACUCCGUCGGCCUCGUCAGCGCCCUCCUCGCCGUCAAGUUCAAGUGGUGGAUGGACCCCGUCGGAGCCAUACUGAUCGCGCUGUACACGAUCACGACGUGGGCGCGGACGGUGCUGGAGAACGUGGGCACGCUCAUCGGGAGGUCGGCGCCGGCCGAGUACCUGACCAAGCUCACCUACCUCAUCUGGAACCACCACGAGGAGAUCCGGCACAUCGACACGGUGAGGGCAUACACCUUCGGGACGCACUACUUCGUGGAGGUGGACGUGGUGCUCCCCGGCGACAUGCCGCUCAGCCAGGCGCACGACAUCGGGGAGGCGCUGCAGGAGAAGCUGGAGCAGCUGCCCGAGGUGGAGCGCGCCUUCGUCCACGUCGACUUCGAGUUCACGCACCGCCCAGAGCACAAGGCCGACGUCUGAUCUCAUCAUGCUCUUCUCCUCAAAUAUGUAUUGUAUCAUUGUAUGUGAUCUCCCAAGGUGGCCCGGACGAGUAUGGAGAACGUAUGUGUGUGCAUGCCCUGUUUUUUGCCAUGCCUUUCACUUGAAUCUCCCGGUACGGUAAGCAGUUCUGGUAGGCAGUUGUACGACAGCCGUGACCUUAAAGGUCAUGUCGCGUCUUAAUUUAUCAUCACUCCCAAGCCGAGUAUAGGUAUUGCUCAAAAUGUACUCUUUUGUUAUCGGGUAUCUCUCCUUGCAUGCUUUCUCUUCUCUCGACUAAAUAGAAAGACAACAUGUGAUCUCUCUUUGAA